GCCUGAAGACCGCAUCCAACGUCAAAGACCGCAACAACCGACAAGAUGGUCUCCGCAAAGAAGCACGUUCCGAUCGUCAAGAAGCACCCAAAGAAAUGGAAUAGACAUCAGUCGGACACAUUCAAGUGCGUGCCGUCAGCAUGGAGAAAGCCAAAGGGUAUCGACAACCGAGUCCGACGACGAUUCAAGGGUCAGCUUGUGAUGCCAUCGAUCGGUUUUGGCUCCAACAAGAAGACUAGACACUUGAUCCCCUCAGGCCACAAAGUGUUCCUCGUCCGCAACCCCAACGAUGUUGACCUCCUCCUGCUCCACAACCGAACAUAUGCCGCCGAAAUCGCAUCUGCCGUCUCAUCGAGAAAGAGAAUCGACAUCAUCGCAAAGGCAAAGGCACUCGGUGUCAAGGUCACCAACCCCAAGGCCAAGAUCACCACCGAGUCAUAAGCACCUUGUAUUGAGGGUCCGGGAAGUGAGAGAGUCGGUUCUACAUCCAUUGCAAGCAUUUUGUGGGCACUUCUACGGUUGAACGUAGAAUGGACGUUUUGUCACUCCAGAGUGUCGCUCACUCGGAGGACUGGAGAACACCAGACAGGCUAGAGUCCAAAUCGAAAAAAAGGAAUUGAUACCACUCAAGGAUCUUGGUGCCGCGCUUGUGACGAAGUAUACGAACAUGCCCGGAAUCCUCGUUCUUGUCCCGGUUUCGAUUCCGAGCACAAAGCUCUUUAAAAAGUGGAAGUGAGAUCAAAAAGUCUCCAGCCCGGAGUUUGCCUCAGUCGUUCAUUCUCAGUUCACUGUUGAUCAAUUUUUCGCUCCCUUGGACACAGCACCCAUGCGGCUCCUCUGCCACAAGUGAGGCUAAUAUGUGUCAUGAAGUCCAUUGCAUUCGCGUGACAUGUUUGAAGAGUGUAUGCACCCCAAGCACGGUCUAGAAAACUUUCAUUCCCGACGUGAACG